GCGGAUGGUGCACAAUAAUAAUCUUGUAGUGUCACGUUGUGUCACACUUGUAUUAUCAUGCAGCUAUUGAAGCCACAGUGGAUAAGCCAUGAUGGGGGCAAGGCUAUCUUCAGUGUAGAUCUUCACCCGGAUGGUUCACGUUUUGCUACAGGUGGACAAGGUCAAGACUCGUCUGGCCGGGUUGUGGUGUGGAAUUUGCAACCUGUUGUGUACGAGAAGUACGAGGAGGAUGAGAAGGUUCCCAAGUUACUGUGCCAACUGGAUCAGCAUUUAGGCUGCGUGAACACUGUACGUUGGUCUUGUAGUGGCCGAUAUUUGGCCUCGGCCGGAGACGAUAAAGUUAUUAUUAUCUGGCAGCAGAGCAGUUAUGGAGGUGGAGCAGUUUUUGGAUCUAAUGUAGUGAAUGUUGAGUCGUGGCGAAGCGUUGCAACAUUACGAGGUCACGAGGGAGACAUCUUGGAUGUGGCCUGGUCCCCGGGUGACCUAUGGCUGGCAUCGGCAUCGAUAGAUAACAAUGUUAUCAUAUGGAAUACAUCUAAAUGGCCAGAGCAAGUACGGGUUUUAAGAGGUCAUACUGGUUUAGUGAAAGGUGUUACAUGGGACCCAGUCGGUCGUUACCUGACUUCACAGGCAGAUGACAAGAGUCUACGUAUCUGGCGUACCACAGACUGGGCCACAGAAGAGAAGAUUAUUGACCCCUUCACAGAGUGUGGCGGAACGACAACAGUUCUGCGGCCAGGCUGGUCUCCGGACGGUCAGUACCUGGUGUCUGCUCAUGCCAUGAACAACGGAGGUCCCACGGCUCAGAUUAUUGAUCGUGACGGCUGGAAUACUGAUAAGGAUUUCGUAGGACAUCGCAAACCUAUAACAUGUGUGCGAUUUAAUCCUAAUAUCUUGAAGAAAGCUGACCCGACGACAGGGAAAUCUGUACAGUAUUGCUGUGUGGCGAUUGGCUCGCGUGAUCGCUCCAUCUCCAUCUGGUUCACUUCCCUCAAGAGACCCCUGGUGGUAGUACAUGACAUCUUUGAUGAUUCUGUGCUGGAUCUCUCAUGGAGCAGUUGUGGACGAUACUUGAUGGCAGUGUCUAAAGAUGGCACUCUCGCCUUCAUCAAUUUUACUUCUGAAGAAAUAGGAUAUCCGCUGUCGGAAGAUGAAACGAAUAAUCUUCAUAUGAAACUGUAUGGUAAAUCUGCUCGAACUACUGCAUCAUCAGUCAACCCAACGAUCAUUGAAAACCCCGAGCUACUCCGUCUUAGAGAAGAGGAGAGACUACGGGCUAAGGCAGCAAACGCCAGUGAACAGAGUCAGCGACCAGCUCCGCCCACACCCCAGAGAGCUCCCAUCAACAAACAAAUCGAAACCCGUACGGCCGAUGGCAAGCGAAGAAUAACACCAAUGUUCAUCCCUCCCACUGAAGGUGUGGAGAAUCCCAACAAAUCAUACGAGGCUAGCUUCUCCUCUAGUCACCAGGAGAAGAGUAAGAUUGUGGUUGAAAAGGUUGACGGAGUGGUUGAACCCAAUGUAUCAGUCUCUCGGCCUCCGACCGUCUUCAGUGCCAACUCCAGCAGCUCGCCCGGCAAGGCUGUCUGUCUUCCUGCUGAGUUCAAUGGUGUGCCUGCUGGCCUACCUGCUAGGUUUAGCAAAUCAUGUGGUGUUAACUCAGAGAAAGCAACAGUAGCAGCAGCAGAUGUUCAGGUCACCUCCACAGCAGUCAAGCGCAAGCAGGAGGAUGCACAGCCCAUUGUCAUUAAACGAAAGCGAGGUCGUCCGCCACUGUACGACAGGUCUUCAACUCCUGCUGCUCCCACCCGUGCUCCCUCUCCUGCAGCAGCUCCCACACCUGCUCUACCACGACCACCAACUGCCACACAGCAUCAUGUUGAGCCUCCGCACCUUGUACUGCCAGAAGCUUCUCUCUCAAAAUCAGCGAGAGUUCAGAUUCCAGGGGAAGUGUCUCACGAUGUUCCUCCGCCACUACUGGUGGUAGAGAACGACUACCGCAUUGGCAGCCGUGCGGGUGUUGGCACUCCUAACCUGCACCGGGUGAGCCGAACGCAGCUCAACGUAGUGAGCUGGGUGGUGUACCUCACUUCCCAUGUGACCACAGCCACCGCUACAUCCACCACCGCUGCAUUCACCUGCCACGACAAGACACUACAUAUACUGGAUAUUACGACAGGCGAGAUGCUGUUACCUCCACUUCAGCUUCAGGGUCGAGCCUCCCAGUUGUUUGUCCAGGAGAGUACCAUUAUGGUCUUAACUACUGAUGCUACACUAACAAUUUGGGAUUUUAAAAAAAGGAAGAGAAUCCUAUCUGAGUCUGUGAGACAUUUAGUUGAAGGUCGUAACGGAGGAGUGAAGUGCGUGCAGCUGACUGCAGAAGGCACUCCAGUUUUGUUACUGACCUCUGGAGAAGCAUUCACCAGAUGUCAGGAGCUGGAGGCCUGGUUGUUGCUCGGUGAUGUUGCCAGUGUUCGUUGUUUAGUACAACCAGAGUACACAAUGUUACCACUCUGUCAUCCCACUGACAACUGCUCUAGGCCUCUGGCCAGCCUACUCCACCAGACUGCUGCAUACUGUGGAUCAUCACGAGUAUCUCGACCAAUAAUAUCGGACGACGCACGUCAGAACCUAACAGAAGUGUUCAUCAAUCGCAUGCUGACCUCAGCUCAGUACCUCAGAUCUGCUCACGAUUACAAGUUCUGGUUGAAGCGGAAAAUACAGUUCUUUAUCAAGGAAGGGCUGGAGAAGAAGUUAAGAGACAUCUUUGAUGACCUUCUUGGACCAAAAGAUACCACUCUUACAAAUAAUCAAGAAGGCCUCACCUGGAAACCCAAGAUAAUGGACUACGACAAGAAGGCUCUCCUGGAAGAGUUCCUCCGAGAAAUUCUGCUAGCCAAGAAUUCCCUGCAGUUGCAGCGGCUUUAUUCCGAGUACAAAGAACAGCUGGAUACAACUAUGAUAGAUUUAAUCUAGUGCCGUACUGUACAGCCUCCCCUCCCUUAGCAACGUACAUACUCGUUUACCGACAUCUUGGACUUACGAUGGGCUCUCUGACCAGUAUGCAAACCUAAACAAUGUAUAUUAGAGCUAAUUUCAUCUAUUCUGUUUAUUGCAAUAUACAGUACACUACUGUAUAAACAUUUGAAAAUAUACCAGAUAUGUUAUAAAUGGCACAGAGGUGACAUUAAAACAACAUCAAAGAUGGUUGACACAAACUCACUACCAUUAUAGUAUGCUCCUCACUUAGCCACGAAUUAGUUUACCAACGUGGUCUUCAGAACGCAACUCUUUCGUUAAGUGAGGAGAGGCUGUAUAUGUUAUACAUUUGUCAUAAAUUACUGUAUUGUAAACUUCAUUAUUGUUUUUAACUAAGAUUAGGAGCCUCUGCAGUUAUUCUCCUUGUAAAUAAUUUCUGUUUUUGUUGAUAUUAAUGUAUAAAAAUUUACAAGACUAUUACUCGAGGCAUUAAACUUUUUGUACUAUUUAAUUUGAUGACAAACUAGCGUAUAUUAUUGCCAUUUUUUUACAUUAAAAUAAAGGCACCUUACAACGUAAAAACAUUUUUUGUGUAUGUAUGUGUUUAUGUGUUUAUGUUGUGUUUUAUAGACAGUGGUCAAACAUGCCCAAAGUUUAUUAAAAAUUUCUGUUUUUCUUUUAGGCUGAGAUUCAUUUCAUUUAAGAUGGUAUAUGCAGAUUUGUUAAUCUGCACUUAAGCAAACCUUUCUAAACAUUGUUUAAUGUUAUUAAAAUGUUUAACUUUCAUUAUCAGAAAUAAAUUUUGUAUAGACUUGGCUUGUUUGGUAAAACGAUCAUUGUUUUAUAAGUUAGUGUCGCAGUUGUGGCUGAUGCACACGAGUGUGUGUGUGUGUGUGUGUGUGUACGCACUGUAACAGUCCUUCUGACUCCAGGAGGUGCACAGCUUUAGUGCUUAAUGGUGCAACAAGUGCCAGAUGAGCAAGGUUGUGGUAGCCAUGUAUGCCUGCAGGCUCCUGGCACCAGCAGCCUGGUUAAGUAGUCAGUAGGCAAGUUUGAGCUCAGGCUGGGCUGCCAGGCUCGGUGCAGCCCCAGACAUCAGUCACAGCUACCUGUACGCACUUCUUAAGGAAGCGCUGCUGAGGAGAAUGGACGUGAAUGCAUUUAUUUAGGACACCUUUAUGAAGUUGAUUUUAUUUUUAUAUUUAGUAAUUUAUAUAGGAGAAGGGGUUACUAGCCUCUUGCUUCUUGCAUUUUAGUAUCCUCUUACGACACACAUGGCUUCCAGGGGAAGGCUUCUAACCCACUUCCCUAUGGAGUAGGACCAAAAUGUCUUCAGUAAAUGUGUACUGAGUGAAAUUGUUCCUGUCCAUUUUCCUCGUGUUGUCCACAGUUGUUUGUGUACGUAGGACACAAAGCGCUGGUACUUCUCCUGGGUUGCUGUGUCACCACUGCGAUGCUUUGGGUAGUAGACUUGUGCAUAAAAAAUUGAAGUUGUAUUCACUAAGUUAACUGGUGAACUUGAAGUUGUAUUCACUAACUUAGCUGGUGAUCUUAAAGUUGUAUUCACUGCCAUGAACAUCUUUUGCCUUAUGACAGUUCUAAUUGUAUGAACUUGAUUGUAACUGCCCAGUUCUCAGCCACUUCUAACUGUAAGAACAUUGUAACACUGCCCAGUUAUUAAUCGUACUGCCAUAUGCAUCAUGAUAAUCCACACACUGCCAGUGGAAACUAUCCACACAUAUCCAUUGCUACAGAUCAUACAUGUAUAAAGUUAAAAACUUAAGUGCAAUGUUAGAAGUCUUUGUAUUUUAGGUAUUAAUAUAACUACUAUUAUAGUCACAACAAAAGUGCUAAACCCACAUGGGCAUUCGGCACUGCAUAGGUUUAUAAUUAUGUGUAGUCCUUGACUUUAUUUCACUGCCAUUCUCAAGAAUAUGUAAUUUUAAUGUAGUUAGUGCUUGAGCAUAAGCUGGCAUUACCUUAGAUUACAUUUAUAAUGUAAUAUUAAUAUUAAAUUAAUAUACGUGUGUGAAACUUGUAACAAAAUUGUCUACUGGGGGGGAUAUUUGAGACAGUUUUGAGGAAAUAUGAAGUUGAAUGGUCUGGAUGGUGUCGGAAAUCUGCAGUUUGAAAGGAAUGUAGAUUACAGGCGGUCCUCAACUCACAAUGGGGUUACAUUCCGUCGAACCCAACGUAAGACAAUAACGUCACAAGUGAAUACGAACGUGAUAUUCAGUGGAACCUGGGUUUUUGUUUGCCCUAGUCUGUAUGCAAAACUAUUGUUAUUCUCUAUAAAACGUAUUUUUUUUUUUAAUAUUUUUGGGUAUCUGGAACGGAUUAAUUGGAUUUACAUUAUUUCUUAUGGGAAAUAUUAACAAAACAUACAUUUAUAGAGAAUAACAAUAGUUUUAGAGUCAAACUAGGACAUACAAAAACCCAGGUUCCGCUGUGCUAAAUAAAUCUCUCACUGAAUAGGUAAAUAAUUAAUUACUGUAACUUAAUACCAGCAGUGAAAUGUAAAUAAAUAAAUACAAGUUAGGGACUUGUCGCCUUCGUGCUACGUAAUUAUCUCAAGUUUCAUCUCUGGAGUAAUUACUUGUACACCAUCGUUAAGUUGGAAUAUUGUUAGUUGAGGAGCUGCUGUAUUAGGGUGUGUGUGAGGGAGUACUCAAGUGUCACUGUACGACUUGAAGUCCACAACUUUGUUCUUCUGAGAGAAGGUGGGUUUUGUAGUUUAGGCUAAUUCACUUAACAGCAAGCAACACUGACUCAGUCAACAGCAAGCAACACUGACUCAGUCAACAGCAAGCAACACUGACUCAGUCAACAGCAAGCAACACUGACUCAGUCAACAGCAAGCAACACUGACUCAGUCAACAGCUAGCAACACUGACUCAGUCAACAGCAAGCAACACUGACUUAGUCAACAGCAAGCAACACUGACUCAGUCAACAGCUAGCAACACUGACUCAGUCAACAGCUAGCAACACUGACUCAGUCAACAGCAAGCAACACUGACUUAGUCAACAGCAAGCAACACUGACUCAGUCAACAGCUAGCAACACUGACUCAGUCAACAGCAAGCAACACUGACUCAGUCAACAGCAAGCAACACUGACUCAGUCAACAGCAAGCAACACUGACUCAGUCAACAGCAAACAAUAUGUUAAAUAACAGGCCACAAGUGCAAGUAACAUAACAUUAUUGUGACGGUGUUCUGCUCUCCGACGGCUUGACAGUAAAAUGUCAAGUUAGUUGCACUUGUGUCCUGUUAAUUAACAUAUUGUUGGUAAUUCUUCCAACAUUAUUACAAAAAUCAGCAACAUGCUGGAGUGUUGUUUGUGACUCUGGCAGAGUGUGUGUUGCUUGUGUAUUAAAACAACAACACUUCAAGCAAGACAUUUUUCACAGUAUGUUAAGUUAACCUAACCUAUCCUAACUUUACUUUAUUUAACUUAACUUGAAUCUAGUUUUACCUUAUCUAACUUGACCUAACCUAACUUUACUGAGCUUAACUUAACCUACAUAGAGGUAAAUGCAGCUAGUAAAUAGGCACACUGACUCAUAGAAAGCUAGAUUGUGGGGAGGGUUGAGGGAGUAGGUAAGAAAGUUGACUGCUGGGAGAGUGAAGUGUCCUAAGGUUGACCUGUGUGGAGAAAGUUGACUGCUGAGAGAGUGAAGUGUCCUAAGGUUGACCUGUGUAGAGAAAGUUGACUGCUGAGAGAGUGAAGAGUCCUAAGGUUGACCUGUGUGGAGAAAGUUGACUGCUGAGAGAGUGAAGUGUCCUCAGGUAGAACUGUGUGGAGAAAGUUAGCCUCCUGGCUCGGUCACGGUUAUGCACUGCAGAUACAAUUAAUAUACAGCCUCUCCUCACUUAGCGACGUACUUGUUUACCAUCGCCUCGGACUUACAACGGCCUCUCUGACUAGUAUGCAGACCUAAAUAAUGCAAUAAGAUCACAGUAAACAGGUGAUAUCAGAAUAUGCAAAACAAUCACUGUGAAAGGAUUGUGAAAUUCCAAGCACUUUGCAAACCUGAAUUAUGUAUAUUAGAGCUAAUUUCCUCUAGUCUGUUGAUUACAAUAUACAGUACACUAUAUAAACAUUUAAAAAUAUACCAGAAAUAUUUUAAAUGGCACAAAGGUGAUAUUAAAACAUCAAAGAUGGUUGACACAAACCCACUACCAUUAUAGUAUGAUCCUCGUUUAGCCACGAAUUUGUUUGCCAAUGAGGUCUUAGAAGCGCAACUUUGUUGUUAAGUGAGGAGAGGCUGUACAAUCCAAUUUGGUGGUUUCCAAUCUUUGGUCUAACUGUUGCUGUUUUUGUGAAUGCCACACCCAUGUGGGUCACACCCAUGUGGGUCACACCCAUGUGGGUCACACCCAUGUGGGGUCACACCCAUGUGGGUCACACCCAUGUGGGUCACACCCAUGUGGGUCACACCCAUGUGGGUCACACCCAUGUGGGUCACAUCCAUGUGGGUCACACCCAUGUGGGUCACACCCAUGUGGGUCACACCCAUAUGGGUUACACCUGUGGAGGUUACUCUAAGCAGUUGUCCAUGUUUGAGUGUGUCUCCUGCUUGGGGUUAUUGACACAACCUAACCCUGGGGUCACAACUCCAGGCGGGGUCACAACCCCAGGCGGGGUCACAACCCCAGGAACGAUCGUUAAACGCCAUUAAACUAUUUCAUUUAAUGACAAUAAUUAUGUGAUUAAGAUGGGUGAUAAACCUUCAAAGAAACUGUAGAAGGUCAUGUCUAAAAGUCUGCAAUUAUUAUUAAUUAUUACUAUUAUUAUUAUUAUUAUUAUAUUUAUUGGGAAGCAAUAAAUCCAUGAGGGUCAUAGAAUGCCUGUGGUACAGGAGGUAUCGGGUUUGAUCCAAGGAAGGGAGGGGUGAGCAGGAAGGUAACUCACCCACCUUGAUAAGACUGCCUCAUCAUUCCUGUGUAUUCAGUUUGACAUUUUUGUGAUAAUGUGUGUUAGGCAGGAUAAUAAGUGUUUAAAAUAUUGUAUAAUCAUUGUUAAGUGGUAUAACACUUGCUAAGUGAUGCAACACUUGCUAAGUGAUGCAACACUUGCUAAGUGAUCCAACACUUGCUAAGUGAUGCAACACUUGCUAAGUGAUCCAACACUUGCUAAGUGAUCCAACACU